CCCUACUUAGGGUUCCAAAGCUUCUUUCAAUCUCUGACUUCAUUUUGCACCACUCCGCUGUCUCUGCGCACCCCGAAGAAGACCCUUGAGGAAAUAGACUCAGUGCGUUGCUGCAAAGAUGGUGACGGCGAAGAAGACUAAGAAGUCUCAUGAGGGAAUCAACAGCAGAUUGGCUCUGGUGAUGAAGAGUGGAAAGUACACUCUAGGGUACAAAUCCGUUCUUAAGUCCCUUCGCAGCUCCAAAGGUAAGUUGAUACUUAUAUCCAACAACUGCCCGCCAUUGCGGAGGUCGGAGAUUGAAUACUAUGCUAUGCUUGCUAAAGUUGGAGUCCACCACUACAAUGGAAACAACGUCGAUCUGGGUACAGCCUGCGGAAAAUACUUCCGUGUGUCGUGUCUCAGCAUCGUCGAUCCGGGUGACUCUGACAUCAUCAAGGCACUUCCUGGCGAUCAGUGAUUCAAGAGUGUGUUUUGUGGCGAUCCUAUGAUCUCUCAAUCCCUGAUCAUAUAUAUUUACCUUCACAAGGCUUAUGUAGGUGGUUUUGGUGGCUGAAACUCCUUUCGGUUUAAAUUAAAGGGAUGAGUUUUCCUCUCUCUCUAGUUUCUAUUCGCAA